AUGCUGCAUGGACGCUGGAAUCAUAUCUCAUUGCUUGGUGUUACAAAUAUCAGGCUAGCCGCAACCCUUGGCUCGAAAUCAGCCUUUAAGAAAUUACCCAAGCGCUCCGUGUUGACGGCAGAUAUCUCUCAAUUGUGUGAUCUGAUCGCUUCUCCUGCGGAGCCUCUGGCUCUUCGCCUCUCCAGUAACUUGAUGGUCGGGGCUGCACGUGUAUAUAAAGUCAAGCAAGAACUUUUUCUUUCCGAUGUCACGAGUUGCUUCAACUCCCUCAAGCGAGUCGUGCAAGAGUUCCGUUCGAUGGCUGCGUCAGAAGCCCAUCUUCAGAUGGCUCAGCCGAGCGUGAGGCCAUCAGCUGUUACCCUUGCUGCUGAUCCUGGUACUGCAUUUGCCAUGGAUUUUGACGCAAUGGUCGCUGACUGGGACGAAUACUUGAACAUUGGAAACAACAAGGGAGGAGCGGAAGAGGGCUCAUCCGAUGAUGAGUACAAUCCAAAAGCCAAGAGACCAAAAGGAAAGGGUAAGCAGUCUACAGUUGCACCGGCCUCCACCGCGGAAAACGCCCGCGCCGAUGCGCAUACACUCAAUGAAAAUCACGACCUCUUCCUCGCCAAUUCUUUCGACGCCUCAUUUGGUGGCAGCGGCGCCAAUAUGAUUCCAUCUUCUCAGAAUGAUACCUUCGGCUUCGACGAUAGCUUCUUCGGCGCUUUUGAUGGCCUGGAUAUUGGUGAGGGCGUUGGCGAUGACCUCGUAAGGGAACUUGGUGAAGGCUGGGGAGGAACUGCCCCGGAGAAUCAAGUCGACCAUGAUAUGCAAGUGGAUGAACCGAUCGACUUCGGGUUCAAUGAUGCAGAUAACCUGUAUUUCGAGCACGAUGUCCCCAUUGACGAUGCCGGUGCAUUAGAGCGGAAUGCCUUGCCGCUUCCUCCAUCGGCCUUUGCUACGCCUCAAGGCACACAACGGGGCUCAGCGGCUGCCCUUCCUCCCUCUUCCUCUCUUACCGGACACUCUCUCGAAUCUCCCUCUGGUCCUUUGGCUGUAAUUGCCCCGCAGGUCGAAGAGAUUGAGCCCGUUGCACCUGACGAUCAUCCGGCUGAACCCGUACCACCUAGGAAGAUCAAGCGCGCUAGACUUCUUUUAGAUGUGCGAACGGAGUUGACGGAUGACGAAUUAAAGGCUGCACGCCUGCAUUAUCUGGAAGAACAGAAUGGUAUCCAUCGACAACUUGCGCGGAAGAAUUUUGAGAAGGAUCAAGGCAGGCUCGUUGACGGUUUGCUUUGGGCUAUUCCGGAACACAUGCAAGCCAAAGAGUUGGUAGACUUCUGGCUAGAUCAUUUCAAAGCACAAUUGGACGCUCGAUCUGUGUUCAUGAUUGGACCCCGUGACGAGUCCCCUCCGCCAAAACGGAGGAAGACCAAGACCAAUGCUGAAAUCCCCGGUGAAGUUGAGCAUGUCCAAGUCCGCCCUGAAAGUCCUGCAUUCGGUGUAGGCCGGGCAAGCCCAGAUUUCAAUGCGGGUGGAGCGGAUAUUGACAUGAAUUUUGACAUGAAUUUCGACAUGGACAAUGGCUGGGGUGGCGCAGACGACGCGGGACCGGAACUGAACAAUCUUCGCUCGUCCGAGGAACCGGGACAAGCACGUCAUGCCCCACGCCCAAUGUCCGUGCUGGGCGACGAAUUCGGCUUGGAUAUCGUGCAGGGCUCCUUAUCGCAGCGUAGUGCACUCUUCCCUUGGGACAAUGCGGGUGGAAGCUCGUCUAUAUCUGGUGCAGUACUCCUUGGUCGCCAGAGCAGUGACAAAAUCAGUGUUGACCACGCCGAGACUCGCCUGAGGGGCAGCUCACUGAGCCGACGAGGAAGCUCUAUUCCAAGUCAGCAAGGCGACGUAUUUGGUGGUGCCGGAGGUUUCCCUGCGAGCCCCCAAAUAAUUGAUGACGAUUUUGUAUUCAACGUCCCGGCAGGCAAUUCUGUGGCUGAAUCCCAAUUGUCCGAGGUCAAUCCGGCCACCCUGGAGAGAACCUCCUUCAACUUCCUUGAAUACGCCAAGAUGCAAUAUAGAUCACUGUCUGGGUCAGCUCGAUUUCUCGCUUUUGACGAUGUCGUGCCGCGGACCACCAGCACCGCACACGUCGCAGCAGCAGCUCUCUACCACUGUCUUGUGUUAGGCACGAAGGACCUCAUCCAACUUCGUCAAGAAGAGGCAUAUAGAACCAUUGAGAUCCGUAUCAAGUGA